AUGCCCACAAAUGUGACACCUAAACUACAUCCAAGGAACGAGAAUGCAUCAUCGACCACUGUUCAAUCCUUCCGAUCUCCCACAACUGCCGAUCAAUCCGUCCAAGAUCAGUGUGUGUGGCUUGAUGAAGAGUACGCUCAAGAGCAUCGACUUGACGAUAAACUGUUCGAAGCAGAUGGACCAUCCGAUAUCGAAGAUGAAGAUAACAAUAAUAAUGAAAUUGUCAGUGUUGUCGUCCACGAACCAGGGACACAAAGUAUUGUUGUUCGCAUAAGAUCCGUUGGGGACGAACAGCAUGAUAAAGAUGGAGAGGCAGCAGCGCGACCUUUAACUGGAAAACUUAGAAUUUUUAUUGGAAAGACAGCGAACACAAUCGGUCCCUUAAAAGUAUUUCAGCAAAAAGUAGAAAAUGCUGAUGCAGAAAUGUUAAGUGUUCGUAAUUUCACCGGAUAUUUUUCUCCUGCUAUAAUUAAUGCUAUUUUGCAGACUUUCAAUCAUGAAGAUAUUCAUGAUCAUUUGAAACGAUGUUGGAAUGUUAUUUUACGAAAAUAUGAUGCAAAAGAAAUCCGUACUCGAUCGUUUUUGCGCUUUUGCUGUUCUCAUGUAAUGAAUGCCUUUGCUAGAAGUCUGUCAGCUGCAAACGUAGGGAAGGAGAUAAGAAAAAAGGUAAUGCAUGUAUUUGCCUUGUUUAUCAAUUGUGGUGAAUUUGAAAUGUCAUUUAAAUUUUUAAAACGUGUUUUGCACAUGUUUGGUAACCCGCAAGCUACUGACGCGGAGAAUAUUCUUCAGAUGUUUUUAGAAGCACCAUAUGACGAUGAAACUACUCCUGAAAAGAUUGGUUCUUGUGAUUUAGAGGUGGAAGAGGACUCGAUUGAUCCUUUAGAUGCAGUAGAUGAGAAUAUGCACAGUAGUAAAGCAAUUAUUUAUCAGUCGCCCUUCAAUAUUGAAGCCAUUCGCCGGUUUCCUCAGCUUUCUGAGUUGUUGGAUUAUGGUAAAAAAUUCGAAAAUGCAACAAACCCUCUUUUUUGUCGUCGGAUUAUUUUGGUCUUUUAUAAGUGGUUUGCCUACUUACCCUUAUGGACAUCUUUACUUACCGAAUUUGAAGCGCGAUAUUCGAAUGACCGAACACCGGUUGACAUUGGUAAAUAUGAAGAAGGUCGUCUAACAAAUGCUCAAGUAGAAUGCUAUUUUGGUAUCCUAAAAGAUUCAACUUUUGAAAGAAAAACAAACCUGCGACCAGCAGAGGUGACUGUAUCGCUCUAUCGAAGUAUUCAGGCUCAACUGAAAGCAGAUAAAUUCGGAGUUAGCCAACGUGCAAAAAAUCGUAGGGGAAAACCCAAAGAUAUGAAUGUAGAGGAGGCUUGGGGUAAGAAGAGAGCUCAAAAGAAACAACGAAGUACAUAUUUCAGUCGAAUUGAUAAAUAUAAUAAAAAACGGCGGGCAUCAAAGCCGAUCAAUCCUGUAGCAAAAACGACUGAUGGUCAUAUUAAAUUUUGGAAAAUGUUAACACUAGAAUAUGUAAAAAUACAAGCCACUCUAUCUUCAUAUCAACAACAACAACAGCAACAACUAUCAGCAUCAUCAAAAGAACAACAAAUAAAUGGACCAAAAGGAAUCAGUAGAAAUGUACAAACAACAUUUGUCAAACAUUUUAGAGCACAUUUAGAUUAUCAACCUCUAACAUGUUCGUGGAUUCACGGUCCACAAGAUCCUCUAUCGACAUUAGCUAUCGGUGUCAUGACUUCACCUUUGAUUUAUCUCUAUGAUGGAAAAAAUUUGAAUGUCAAAGAACCACUACAUGUUCAGUCAAAAUUAGGUCAUACUCGAUGUGUACAUUUAAUUGAAUAUAAUGAACAAACAGAAUUAGUUGUAUCAUGUGAUAUGGGCGGUAUUGUUAAUUGUUAA